UCAGCAAUUCACAGUUUUGUUUCGGCUUCAUUCUAGUAGGAAGCUGUAACUCAAAGGCUGCAUUAGUUAUUUUCAGCCAAAAUCAUUAUAAAGCUGACUCGAGAUCUUCAGCAUUAAUUGGGUUAUUAACGUCAACGAGGCGGGAUUUUAGGCUCGUUUUCAACAUGGCGGGACAUUUAAACCGCCGCGGCUCGGCUCACUCUGUGCGUUGCUAGGUUACAGCCUUAAUCAAGCUCACCUGUCCACGGUACCACGUGGUCCGCGCGAGCCUGGAGUCGUCCCCGUCGUGAUUUUGUUCUUCAACUCAUCAGUAGUUCGUCAGAGGAUUUAUCGACCUUUUUUUGCUGUGGGCUGCAUCACAACAUUGAAUUGACGAGUCUCUAACCGGCUAAGCUAAGGCUAACACUACAACAAGUUGCUGCACAUGUUCUGUGAUCAGACCCUGGCAUAUCGCACAGCCCUUCCAUCACCUCCCAAUGUGAGAUGAAACAGUAAAUCUUAGAGGAAGUGAUGUUUCCUUCCUCUGGGCCCAUUGACAGGCCUAAUCCACCAUGAUCGUGACACUUUCUCAUCUUCUACCACUUAGUCCUUCAACUGUUGAGAGGGGCGGAGCUAAACGACAGGCAGAUCCAAUCACUGCAGCUCAGUCUGAAGCAGAUCUGAAAUGACCAGCACACGUUCCCACUGGGUGGCUUAGACUGAUUCAUGUGGGAGCUGCUGCAGAGCUUUGCAUUUCUUGUCUUAAUAUGUCCAGGCAGAUGAAAGGAGGAACAGAGCAAACUGAUGGCACAGACUGGUGCUGCAUUUUCAUUCCUUUGAAAUGGGAGUGUGAUGCCAGGAUUCACCAGGGGGUCUUACAAAGCCAAUGCAAUAAUGAAGAGAAGACGAGGGUUACGGGAAAGGAAGGAGGUGACCCAGUGAGCCAUUGCAGUGGACCAGCGUGACUGUGCUAGAUCUUUAAACCAAAGCAACUAAAGAUUAUUCCUCCUGGAUUUUUCUCAAUAUAUCCUCCCGCCAGGUUCCCACCCUUUACUCAGUUCCUCAGUUCUUCUGAGAUGUAACUUCUCUGCUGGACAUUAGUGACCUCUGUCUCAGUCUUACCUUCCCUUAGACUGAAUGCAGACCUUAUUUACCGCAGGUGCUGUGCUCAUGUAAACCAUAACUAUUAUAGCUCCCAUGUGAGUUGACAUGAAGCGGUAGAAGCCUACUGCCUUCAGUCAUUUGCCAGACAGCAGCUGCUGAAAUGUCCACCAGAACAUAGUUGUCUUUGCAGCAGCACCUUUUUCACACCGUUAGAAUAUUUAGACGAUCACACAUAAUUCCUGGAUGUGAACUUAAACGUUAACAGCGCCAUAGUAAAAAUCAGGAGCGGCUGUAACGCACUGCUGUUGCGCACCCUGUUCUGCACCCUUAGCUGUUGGCUGUGACUCCAAGCUGUGCAGUUGACAGAAGGUAAUCCCCCACCAUGUGAGGCCUCGGCCCCAGUUUGGAGGCGGGGUGUGAUUCAUUCAAAUCUGCCGGUGAUAUAAAACCAGGGGAAGUUGCAAGUAACCCAACUUCAACCCAAGAUCGUGACACAGCGCGUUAGUAUUCGCUUUGAUACUCCAGUAAUAAUGAAUUCAAUAAAGGGCAUUAAAAAGGCAAUAGUCUGUCUCGUCCUGUUGCCCCGUUUUCUCAUGGCAGCUGUCAUGUUUUGGCUGCUUGACUUUUUAUGCAUAAGGAAAAGGGUGCUGUUGAGGAUGGAGCGGGAGGGCGACGCCAUCGACCCCCCCCUCUGCAUAUCGGACUCUAAUCGCCUCUUCAGCCUGGAGUCCCUCAAAGCCGUGUGGCACGGCCACAAACUUGACUUCCUGAAGGCAGCGCAUCUCGGACAGGCAGCGCCGAACACCGAAGUUGUGCAGCUGGCGGACCAGCGGCGCGGCCGCAUCCUCGAUUACGCGACGGGGAAGAGACCGCUCAUCCUCAACUUUGGCAGCUGCACCUGACCGCCGUUCAUGGCGCGUCUCAAGGCUUUCCAGGGGGUCGUGCAGCAGAACGCGGACAUCGCGGACUCUAUAGUGGUGUACAUCGAGGAAGCGCACCCGUCUGACGGCUGGAUGAGCACGGACGCGCCCUAUAACAUCCCCAAACACCGGUGUCUGGAGGACCGGCUGAGCGCAGCGCAGCUGAUGCACGUGGAGGUGCCCGGCUGCCUGGUGGUGGUGGACAGCAUGGAAAACUCCUCCAGCGCCGCGUACGGAGCUUAUUUCGACAGACUUUACGUACUGCACGAGGGAAAGAUAGUUUACCAAGGUGGCAGAGGACCUGAGGGAUACCGCAUCUCGGAGCUCAGAGACUGGCUGGAUCACUACAGGCAGCGGCUGGAGAAAUCCAGUCAUCUAGUUAUUCACGUGUAGAUUAAUUCCCAUCUUAGAGCUGCUGUGUUAAAACAGACCCGGCGGCAGCUUUUAGUAUUAUAACAACAAUUAGAAUUUCCCCUCACUAAUUAUUUUGAGUGUAUUUAUUUUUCUAUGGUUCGAUCAAAAUUUAAUUUUCAACAUUGUGUGUAAUAGUAUGCUCUUUGAUUCCAGAUGGACAACUAUGCAUCCUAUUAGGAUUCACCCUCAGAACCGUUUUUUGGACCUUGUGAACAAAACUAAUUUGGAUGUGAAAUGCUCCGUGUUUGUUCCCUUCCUUCGUCUAAAUGCGCCAUUAAUGAAUGAGUCAGGAUUUUGAGUAACGCAUCACUGUGCUCGUCAGCAUUAUUGUGAAGUUCGGCUCUUAAACGGGAUUUAUCCGGAGAACCGACACUGAUGUUUGGCAUGCUGCAGAUAACAGUGACGGCGCUGCUCUCUGCCCUGCACGACUCUGCUGUUUGUAAAUAUUGUUUCGUUUCAUGGGUAUAUUUUCAUACAAUAAAAAUGUUCUGAUCUGCUUCUUAA